AUGGUCCCAAGUCUCUAUUACAAAGGACCAAGAGAUUAUUUAUUACAAAAAGCCUACUAUUCUAUAUCGCCUAAAACAUGUUUAUUCGAAAGAAAAAUUGAUUAUAAACGUAUAUUAUUAAAUUUAGAAUAUCAAAAUAAUCAAAUACAAUUUAAAAUAUUUGUACUUGACUGUGAUUCUAUUAGUCAAAUUCGAGAAAAAAUAUAUAUAUCAUUAAAAUAUAAUUAUGAUGUAUUUCGAAAUAUUUUAUUAAAUGAUAUAACAUUAGUGAUUUCAACAAAAGAUGAUGGAAAAGAAAUUAUACGUUUAGAUGAUUAUUAUGUUGGUUAUAAAACACAGCAAUAUUCAUUUAAUAAUGCCACACCAAUUAUUUCAAAAAGCGAUUAUAAUACGGAUGAUAGUGCGUCAACCAUUGAUCCAACAAGUGCAUGUACAUUAACGUUUAACAGAUCAUUAUCACCUCUAGAUCAAACGUCAAAUGAUAAGAAUAUGAGAAUACAAAUGUUAAGUGAUGUGGUAUUACCAAUUUUAUCACAAAAUUCAGCAACAAAUCUUUUAUUCGAAGUUAUAAUUAAUAGUCGAUCAUUAGAUGUUUUAAACAUAAAUGAUGAUGAUUAUCGUCCUUCAAGAAAGAGUACUCUAACGAAAAAAUGGUCACAACAAUCAAAUCUUACCGAUAUUACCACAAUUAAUUGUCGUCUAACACUCAAAAAUACUAUAAUGACACAGGAAUCAUUACAGACACCUACUUCAGAUACUUUAAGUUCAAUAACUAAUUCAACAACACCCGUAUUAAAAUGGCACCAUUUAAUUUUUUCGGAAAAGAAUGAUACCGAUACUUCUGAUCAACAAUUACUUCUUCUAAAUCAAUUACAAUUUUCAAAAGCAAAAUUUCAACUUACAUGGACCGAUUUUCUUAAAAAACUUCUUUUAACAAACAACGAUUUAUUUCACAGAAUGCAAACAGAAUUAAGCAAAAAUCAAAAAUGGCAAUCAAAUGAACAUAUCAACGUUUUCAUUCGAGUGAUAGCCAGUUGUCUACGUAACUACGAAAGAAUUUUUGACGUUGAAUAUGAUAAAAUUCUCUCCUCGUGUCUAUUGAUGUUUGCAGAUGGUUUAGAAUACAUUGCUGACAUAAUAUCGAUGUCAGAAUAUGAUCCUAUUUGUGUAUUAUUAUUCUCUGAUGAUCGACUGUUGUGCAAGGAUUUAUGUAAAACGUUUAUCGACAAUCAUAAAGUAAUUGAGCAAGAAGGAAAGAUGUUCAUUAAAGAAGACAAAGUUCAAAUACAAAAACAUAACAUGGAUGAAAUAACAACAAUGGCUUUAUUUAAAGUAUUCAACACAUAUGAAGUUAAUGCCGAAGAAGUAUGA